UGUCAACUUCCGGUAAAAACAUAAGAAAAUUUAUUAAUUAUAAAUACAAUUAAUCUUGAGAAUAAAGUAAUCAAAUGACUGAAGAUGAACGCGAAGCUGUUGAAUCAUUAUUUUGUCUGCCAGGGGAAUGUGAAUUUCAAGAAAAUGAGGUUAUCAUCAAUACAGACUUUGAGACAUUAAAAUGUGAAGACACCUUGCAUCCUGUGAAGAUAAUUUUUAUCAUUGGAAAGGAGUACCCAAACCAGUUACCACAGAUUUCAGUCUUCUCAGAAAAUCUUGACAGGGAAAUUAUAUCUAGAGUUAAAAGUAAAGUUCUUCAAAACUGUUCUGAAUUACUCGGUGAACCUAUGCUUAUUUCAUUGAUUAUGUUGAUCAAAGAAAAUUUGCAACUUGAGGUUGAAACCGAAAUGCCAUUGACAGGAAAAUCUUUAUGUAAUGAUCACAAAAAUAUGAACAAUGCUAACAGUGGCAGUGAAAAUAUAUGGACAGACGUCUUACAUAUUGAUCACAUGAGAUCUAAAAAUAAGUAUUGUAAGACUUUAGAAAAGUGGGCAGCGGAAUUAACAUUGUGUGGGAAAAUCUUAUUCUGUAACAAGCUAAUAAUAGUAAUUUUACAAGGGGAUAUAACAAAUAUUAAGGAUUUUAUAGUGAGAUUAAAGACGGUGAGUGUUGAUGUAGAUUCAAAGGGACACAGUUGUAAAGAAAGAAUGAUGACUGUCCUGUGUGAACAUCAGCAUAAUAUAUCAGACAUAACCAGAUUUAAAGAUUUUAACAGAGAAGAGUUAUCAUGCAGAGAGGAGUUAGAGACAAUAUUUAUGGAGGCGGGGCUUAUUACAUUAUACAGAGAACAUGUGAUGAGACUUCAUUGAUAUAUUAAAAAUAUGUUAACAGAGGUUGGACUUAAUUUAAAUAUUCGUCAGAUGUGUAAUGAGACAUAUCUGAAUAAACAGUAGGAGAGUAGGAGGAGUUAUGCUGUUAUGGGGCGGGGAUUAUUUUAUCAUACUGAAAAUGUGAUAAGGCUUUUAUGAAUAUAUUAAAAGAAAAGGAGGAGUAAGAGACUAUUUACUUCUGUAUCCAGAGAACAAUGACUAAUAUUUAUUAUAAUGAUUCUAUUAUGAAUAAAGUAAAGGAGGAUGACUUUAUUUAUUGAAGUGGGGCUAAUUUCAUAAUUGAGAGAAUAAAGGUAUAAAGUAAAAGGGUUUAGAAAAUAUGUUCUUGAAGGCAAGCAUAUUAAUUGAAAAUGGGCUUGUUUUGUAAAAUAUGUGUUUCUUUACUAGUCUAACUAAAUUAUUAGUUACCUUAUUUGUAACAAGUAAUCAACAGACUUAUACAUGUGUAUGCCUUUAUCAAGACUUCAACAUUUGUGUUAAUGAGUGUCUAAAUAAUAUUACUACUAUUUGAAUUGUAACAUGCUCUCAACUUUUAAAAGAUGAUAAACAAGUAAAUAAUCAGUCACAUCAUUGCAGCAGCUAGUCACACUGAACUUUUUCUGUUAUAUGAUCGAAAAGGAAGAAAUAAUUAAUAAAUACAGAAAUAAAAUC